CUUUCCUCCUCCCCACGUGGUCUCUACACCGAUCCACCUGUCUGCUGGCUUCUUGCUUCGAUCAUCAUCAAACAGAGCAGCUAUCCGCCGAGUCAACUCCCAUCCUACAGCUUCGCCAUGAUCCCAGCAAUGACGACGAACGUAUACUUGACACUCUACGUAUCACCCGUCUACCUCACGGUCGGCAGCAUCCUGAUCACCAUAGCAGCCGUCUUACUACUACUGCUACCCCUCCGCACCCUACACACCCGAAACUCGGCUGCCACACCCCUCCGCUCGGUGUCGCCUGACACAUCCCAGAAGCCUCGGCCUGAGCACCAGCACUCGGCAGACGCACCAUCCAAGAUCGCCGGGAUCCUGACCAGCAUCCUUUCCGUACGUCGAGGUUCUACGGUUGCCUUGCCGCCGCCAUCAUCGCCGGCAGGUGCUACGCCCGGACGGUACCUCCCCAACACAACCCGUACCGAUGCGGAGAUCGCAGCGUAUGGACGAUUCCCGGAUUACGCUGCGCUCAGCGGUGUGCUGUUGCCGAAGCCGUACGAGGAAUUUGAUAUAUCGAAGGCCCGGGCGAGACCGUACCGACCGUUCCGGUGGGCGUACCACCAGACCAUGUCGUUCAAGAAGAUGGAGCCCGACUGGUGGCUAGAGCUCGAAAACACCUACAGCCGCCGCAUCGCUCAGCGAAUAGAGCUCUACAACCGCCACGGCGAAGACGUCCUCCAAUGUCUCCCGGGCGCCGAGGCGGCAUGCACCGAGCUGAUGGAGAUGGUGCUGCAGUUCCUUGUCGCACGGUACCCGCAGUAUUUCGCCCUCAAGUACCCUGCCGGCGAAGACACGGAAUCCUUCGUCAACCAGAUCCUAGGCCGCAGGUUCAGGAUCCGCGAGAUGCAUCCGCUGGUGGUGCUGCUCACGAACGUGCCCGAGGACUUUGCCAUCACGAUCAAGAACGAGGAGACGGGUGCGUACGAGUUCCACGCCGGCAUCAUCUGCAGCAGUCUGGGCUGGAACGUCGCUUCGAAGAUUGGGAAAACUCUACAGGAGAUUCAUCAGCCGAUUCCGGAUUACGAGGAGAAGAUGUCGAAGUCGAUGGACCGUUACUUCAGCAAGAUGCCGACAAACAUGCCCAUCCAGCGGGGCUCAUGGGGCCUCGAGUACAAGGAGCCACUAUAUAUGCCACCUGACGACCCACACGCCAGGUUCCGGAACCUGCAGCUCCCCUUGCUAAAACUGGAGGACGUCCGCCUGCGCGUAGACUGGCAGACACUGCGGCGCCUCCCACUCAGCGGCGCAAUAGUGUUCAACUUCAAGGCCCUCUUCACGCCCAUCACGGAGUUUGCAGACGAGCCGUGCAUCCCCGCCCUCGUCCUCGAGAUCCUUGAGAAGGGGAAGAAGAGCCUCAUGGAGUACAAGAGUACCUGGCACGUGGAACACGUGGUGAAGCCGGCGCUGCGCGAGUGGGCCGAGGAGCAGGUGCGGAAUGGGCUUGCGCCCAAGGAUUGGGAGGUGGGCACCCUCGAGGAGUAUCCGAUGUUUAAGGGCUGGGAGGAGAAGUGGCAUCGUGCGCAGAGGUUUUAGUCUUUGGCUUAGGUGUGGGGUAUUCGUGGUUCAUUGCUUGCUUCUGAAGUUUGGUCUUGAUGACGUUGUCUUUUUACUGUAUAUUCGUUAGGGAGGUGGAUCGAUUUCACGCUGUAAAUUUUAAUGGGUGGACACUUGUCCACCGGAAUGUACACUGCGAUA